CUAGUGCUGCAGUGACAGCCCCAGCUAUUGCUCAUAUGUGUGCGAAAUACAUGGAACAGUCGUCGGAUGAACAGGAUGCUGUCAGAUCCGAGCUUAAAAUCUACUUCGACAAAUGGACGAGGGGUAUAGCCCCAACCUUGAAUCGGAAUGAACAUCCACAUUCGUCAGCGCUGAUAAAUGAGUGUUUACGUAUCUGUCCUCCCGCGGCCUUCUUCAGGGAAAAGCGCGUGCGUCAUACUGGCUAUCCAGAAUACAAGAUUCCAGGUGGCACUUUGAUUGGAGUGUGUCUAGGUGCGGCUAUGAGGGAUCCAGAGGUAUUUGGCGACCAAGCAGAUAAGUUUGACCUAUCUCGAUGGUUCGAAUCCGACAUGAAAACUCUCCAACGCAUGGACGACUGGCUUAGGCUUGUUUUUGGCUCUGGCAUGUCUGAAUGCCUAGGGAGAAGGACCGCGUUCCCGGAAAUGUUACGCGUCCUGUGCACAUACAAUUACGAGAUAAUAGAUCGGGCAGAAUUUGCUCGCUUUUCGAAUAAGGGCGUUCAAAGAGUCACAGGUAUGCGUGUGUAUGUCCGGAGACUUGGAGAGAGCAAAGCCCCAGGUCUCCCAGCAAAGAAUUUUGUCGGCCCUGUCCAU